AUGGCUGCCUCAACGACAAAGCAAUUCCCCGGGCUUGGCCUGCCGAUCGACCAUGAGGGCAAAGGCCUCACCACGUUUCCGCUCGCCGUCGGCAGCAGACCGUGGACCAGCAACGGGGUCACCCUCCGCGAACAGCGCAUGCUCGAAUUCAUCAGCAAGAUUACCGACAAGCCCAAUUGGGAAGUGAAGGUCUUUGAUGAAGACAUUGUGUCCCGCUGGUGUGCCGAAGCCGACGUCCGGCCCGAGGCCCUGGACGGGGACGUCUACCUCUCCCAGCAGAUGUUUGACUUUUGUAUCGCCGAGUUGCGGGACAAGAGCGAGCAGUUCAAGCUGACUGGAUUCGUCAGGGUCAUGGAUUCGGAGCUGACCGUCGUCAAGUCGGACCGUGCCAUCUCCAGGGAGAUACAAGAUGAGCUCCGAGCCGGUGUCAAGCCGCUUGAGGAUGUCCCCGACCAUAAGAAAGACUGGCAUCCUUACCAAGAGGACACGGUUCUCGAUCUUGUCCACCCCUCUCUUUUCCCCGUGGUUUGGGGGCUCACUCGCGCGCUGGAGGAGGGCACCGUCCCGCUCGAUAGCUGCGUCACCUACACAGGCAAGGGUGUCGUCCUACCCACUUACACCCCACCACCACGUCCCUCAGGAUGGGACGCAUCACCACCCAGGUUGUGGGGUUCUUUCCAGUGGCUACCGGCCCAGGUCGAGGUGGCAGCCGAUGGGAGUGCCAAGAUCACCAGCUACAUCAACAACCUGCACCCUGUCGAGCAUAAAGCACUGUACGCCACUUUGGAGCGCAUCGUCGCCGCCACCGUUCCCCUUUGGGAGGACGCGCUGAGCGGCUUUGUCGACGGCCGUCGCUUUGAUAUUUCAUACACUGGGUCCGAAGAUUACACAUUCCCGCCGGGGCUCAAAUACCGCAUCCCCGGACGCGAAGGUCCCAGGUCAGUGUGGGAUCCCAUCAAUGGAACUUACGAUGACGCCGGCGACGACGACGACGCCAUGGACGAUGACGAGGAGUGGCAAUGGGAGAAUCAUUUCUACGACUGGAAGCGCGACAAUCGCGUCCUCCUGUACCGCGAGCCACGGGCCUACAUACCCCAGGCCGAACUGCUCGCCAAGCGCAAGAGCAGCAUCAGCCUGCGUGACGACUUCCCAGACGGCCUGCAGGUCAUCAUCAAGCUGGCCAACAUCCACCUGACGCCCGAAAAUGCGGCCUACGAAGGUGGCUCGUGGCACGUCGAGGGCACGCUGAACGAGAUGAUCUGCGCCUCGGCCAUCUACUACUACGACCAGGACAACAUCACCGACAGCCACCUGGCCUUCCGCCAGGCCUUGGACCACGAGGAGAUCAUUAUGAUCCCCGAGCAGAGCGAGUACGAUUCGCUCGAGAACUACCUCGGCGUGCAGCAGGACGAGUCGGCCGUACAGGACCUGGGCCAGGUGCUGACGCGCGAGGGGAGGCUACUCGUGUUCCCCAACUGCCUGCAGCACCAGGUCCAGCCGUUUGAGCUGCAGGACAAGACGCGGCCCGGCCAUCGCAAGAUCCUCGCAAUGUUCCUCGUCAACCCCCACCGCCCCAUCCUCUCGUCCGCUCACGUGCCUCCACAGCGCCGCGACUGGUGGGCCGACGAGGUUCGCAAGCAGGGGUCCCUGUCUGCGCUGCCGAACGAGCUCGUUGAUAUGACCAUCGACAUGGUCGACGAGUUCCCCGUCUCGUGGGACCGGGCCGUGCAGCUUCGGGAGGAGCUGAUGGACGAGCGGGGCGGUUUCAACGCGGAGCUGACCCACUACUUUAAUUCGCAAACAUUCAGCUUCUGCGAACAUUGAUCGCACUACAGGGACUUGGUCGGCUGGAAUGACAAAUACCUCAGGCCAGGCGUGCGACAAUUUGAUUUGUAUCGAGGGUUCGAUGUCCGUCAAAUACAUUAGAUCCUUCCUUCUAGGGGUUGAGGAGUGGUUGGCUGAGCGGGAUACCUGAUUGAGCGAACCACAAUCAUGCUCUAGAUGUGAUUAGAGAGACUUUGUGCAUGCAUUGCAGCAAGUUGAUGGAUGAUAUUCUAGAACCCUCCGCUGUUGAGACUCCCGAGUCUUCUCGUCG